GCCCGCGGCUCAGUCGCUCAGUCAGUCUCAGGCUGUCCGGCCAGGGUGGCUGGUGCUGUGGAUUCAGGCUCCGUCCUAAGAGGCCGUGGCCUGAGGCUCGGGGCCCCUCAGCCCCUCCCUCCCGGUCCACCAGCGCCACCCCCCCCAGCCCCGAGCUGGACCGCACACCUUGGGACUCGGUUUUCCACUUCCUGAGGACGAGCCCCAGGCUGGAGGAGAGGUCCGAGGAGGUGGGCGUUGGGCUCUUUGCGAGGACCCCCGCGGCGGGCCCGGGGGAGGCGGCCGAGGCGGCGGCGGCCGGGGGCGACAUGGCGGAGGAGCAGGACCUGUCGGAGGUGGAGCUGAGCCCGGUGGGCUCCGAAGAGCCCCGCUGCCUGUCCCCAGGAAGCGCGCCUUCGCUGGGGCCCGACGGCGGCGGCGGCGGCUCCAGCCUGCGAGCCAGCCCCGGGCCCGGCGAGCUGGGCAAGGUGAAGAAGGAGCAGCAGGCCGGCGAGGCGGACGACGACAAGUUCCCCGUGUGCAUCCGCGAGGCCGUCAGCCAGGUGCUCAGCGGCUACGACUGGACACUGGUGCCCAUGCCGGUGCGCGUCAACGGCGCCAGCAAGAGCAAGCCACACGUCAAGCGGCCCAUGAACGCCUUCAUGGUGUGGGCGCAGGCGGCGCGCCGGAAGCUGGCCGACCAGUACCCGCACCUGCACAAUGCCGAGCUCAGCAAGACGCUGGGCAAGCUUUGGAGGCUGCUGAAUGAGAGUGACAAGCGCCCCUUCAUUGAGGAGGCGGAGAGGCUCCGGAUGCAGCACAAGAAAGACCACCCGGACUACAAGUACCAGCCCCGGAGGCGGAAGAAUGGGAAGGCAGCCCAAGGGGAGGCCGAGUGCCCGGGCGGCGAGGCCGAGCAGGGCGGAGCUGCUGCCAUCCAGGCCCAUUAUAAGAGCGCCCACCUAGACCACCGGCACCCGGGAGAGGGCUCCCCAAUGUCGGAUGGGAACCCUGAGCACCCUUCAGGCCAGAGCCAUGGCCCACCCACCCCUCCAACCACCCCAAAGACAGAGCUGCAGUCGGGCAAGGCAGACCCCAAGCGGGAUGGGCGCUCCAUGGGGGAGGGCGGGAAGCCUCACAUCGACUUCGGCAACGUGGACAUCGGUGAGAUCAGCCACGAGGUAAUGUCCAACAUGGAGACCUUUGACGUGGCUGAGUUGGACCAGUACCUGCCGCCCAACGGGCACCCAGGCCACGUGGGUAGCUACUCAGCAGCUGGCUAUGGGCUGGGCAGCGCCCUGGCCGUAGCCAGUGGACACUCCGCCUGGAUCUCCAAGCCACCAGGGGUGGCUCUGCCCGCAGUCUCGCCUCCUGGUGUGGAUGCCAAAGCCCAGGUGAAGACAGAGACCGCAGGACCCCCAGGGCCCCCGCACUACACCGACCAGCCGUCCACCUCGCAGAUUGCCUACACCUCCCUCAGCCUGCCCCACUACGGCUCCGCCUUCCCCUCCAUCUCCCGCCCCCAGUUUGACUACUCCGACCAUCAGCCCUCAGGACCCUACUAUGGCCAUUCCAGCCAGGCCUCUGGUCUCUACUCGGCCUUCUCCUACAUGGGGCCCUCACAGCGGCCUCUCUACACGGCCAUCUCUGACCCCAGCCCCUCAGGGCCCCAGUCCCACAGCCCCACACACUGGGAGCAGCCGGUAUAUACGACGCUGUCCCGGCCUUAAAGGGGGCUGUCACCACUGGCCCUCGCCCGGCCCUUCCUGGGGCCCACGCCCCCUUCCCUCAGCCCGUGCGCCCUGCUCUUCGCCCGGCUCAGGCCUGGUGGCGGCGGUGGAGGAGGGAAGCCUUUCUGUCUGGCUCACUGCCCUGAUGACCCACCUGCCCCAGCCAGGCGCCAGCUAACAGGCCCUAGACUGAAAGAUGAAGGGCUGUGCCCUGCCCUCAGGAAUGACCCUCUAUCCAGGACCUGAGAAGGACCCCCUCCCCCUCGCGGGUCAGACGGGCAUCGGAGGCCGUGCCUCUCCUGUGCACUCCUGCCUCUCUUGGAGUGAGGGGGGACAGGCCCCUGUGCCACCUGUUCGUGGCGCCUCACGGCUAAGGCACCCAGGGACCUGCAUCAGAGCCUGGAGCUGGCUCUGUCUGCCACUUGGGGCUGAGGACAGCUUUGAGCUCAUGAGGAGUUGGGGUGCAGGGGCUCAGUGGGGGUUCUCAUCCCUUCACUGGCCCCUGUCCUCCUGAACGCAGGAAGGAAUUGGCACAGAGGCGCCCAGCCCCAAUUCUGUGCCAACAACCUCAUGCCUUGUCUACUGGUGAGCGAGCCCCCAGUUUUCCCCCCACUCAGCCUCCCAGGCCUGUGCCACACCCGAGGCGAGGAGGCUGGGGCUCCAGGAAUGGACUCGGAGACAAUUCACGGAGCCUUCCUCCCUGGGCUCCUUGCCACUGCCCCCUUCCCUCACUAGACUCCGUGACCCCUGUCCUGCCAGUCCCACCUCCCUGGGCUUCCCAGAGAACUCAGAGCCGCUCGGCCCCAGCCCUCAACCCCAGGAGGAGGGGCCCAGCACUCAGGCUGCCGGCACAGGCUGAAGACACUAAGAUCCUGACUGUACACUCCCCUCUUGCCCUGCCCCCCGCCUCCCAGCCGUAUCUGAAGAACGUGUGUAGCCCUCUCUGCCCGUCUUCCACUCCGCAGCCCUCCCAAUCCACGUGUAACUCAUGACUGUCCCCUUAUUUAUCUCAGUAGUCCCCUCUCCUAGCUACUCCAGCCCCUAUUAACUCUGCAUUAAGCAUUCCACAUAAUAAAAUUGAAGGUUCCGGUUA